GUGCCUAAAUUCAGGAUGUAAUCAAAAGUGAUAUUGUUUUGUUUUUAACAAUUUUCGAGUCUUGCACUUUCUUACUUUUUGUUGGACCUCUCGAUGAGACAAUCAGAUUUAAAUUCUAAUCAGUAUAAUCCCGAGAGUCCCGGAUAUUCUCAUUUUUCUUUAGAAUGGAAUGCACCAUAUCUGAGAAUCUCAACAAUAAAUAAAUAAGUACGUGCAGAAACAAUAGAUGAUUUAUUUGAAUAUCAUAAAUAACUUUAAAAAAAACAAGAAAUGGCAAAACCAACAAAAUCAACCCUUUUGGUACAGAAACAUGUGGAAUAUAUCGAAACUUACGGAAAGGGAGGCGAUCAAAAUGAAUAUGAGUAUUGCAUGACCGAGUUUUUGCGGAUGAGUGGCAUAUAUUGGGGCGUUACAGCAUUAGAUAUUAUGCAUCACCUAAAUAAAUUGGAAAAACGUUCAAUAAUCAAAUUUUUAAAAAGAUGUUAUUGUUCUCAAUUAGGAGGGUUUGCUGCAUGCGAAAAUCAUGAUCCGCAUAUUUUAUAUACACUUAGCGCUGUACAAAUUUUAUGCAUUUAUAAUUGUUUGGAUGAAAUAAGUCUUAAUGACAUUGCAUCAUAUGUUGCAUCUCUACAACAACCUGAUGGUAGUUUUUUUGGUGAUAAAUGGGGAGAAGUAGACACUAGAUUUUCUUUUUGUGCGGUAGCUAUAUUAAGUUUAAUUAAUCGAUUGGAAGUUAUUGACGUGGAAAAAGCAAUUGACUUUGUCAUGUCGUGUUGCAAUGCAGAUGGUGGCUUUGGCUCUAAGCCAAAUGCUGAAAGUCACGCUGGAUUAGUUUAUUGCUGUGUGGGGUUUUUAUCAAUCACAAAUCAACUUCACCAACUAGAUUGUGAGAAAUUAGCUUGGUGGUUGUGUGAAAGGCAGUUAUCAAAUGGUGGUCUAAAUGGACGACCGGAAAAACUUCCCGACGUUUGUUAUUCCUGGUGGGUUCUCGCUUCAUUAUGUAUUUUAGGAAAACUACAUUGGAUUUCCUCAGAGAAGUUAGGAGAAUUCAUUUUAUCAUGCCAAGAUGAAGACACCGGAGGAUUUAGUGAUAGAGCAGGAAAUAUGCCAGAUAUUUUUCAUACGUUAUUUGGAGUAGGAGCAUUAUCAUUGCUAGGAUACAAGAAUCUAAAGAAAAUUAACCCAGUUUUUUGUAUGCCACAGUACGUCAUUGAUAAAUUACAAAUUCAAACACAUGUAUUAUCUUCUUAAGAUUCUUUUAGGAUAAUUAUGAAUUUUGGUAUAUUUGAAUCAAAAAGUCAAAAUAAAAGAACACAUUUAAUUUUGAAUUUAAUUUAGGACAAUUAUUUUGAGAAUACUCUUGAUGAAAGCUUAGAUUACCAAUAUCUGCGUUCUCAUUAUCAUCUGUUACGAAGUAGAAUGAAGAAGAAUAUAUAUUACAAAGAUACUGCGUUUUGAAUGAAAUAAAGAAUAAUCGUGCAUACCUAGGAUUAAACUGCUUCAGUUCCAAGAAAAGAUAGAUCUACAACUGAGGCGUGGUCAAUCAAAGUAAAUAUAUAAAUUAAUCUCCAGAAAAAAUUUGACAUUUAUUAAUUAUUUAUUA